UUUCAAAAGCUUCUUCAAUGGCAAAAUCACCUGAAUAUGAACAUCCCAUCAAGGCCUAUGGUUAUGCUGCUCGAGACACUUCCGGAGUUCUUUCUCCUUUCACCUUCUCCCGAAGGUACGCGUUAUGUGAUCUGAUCUUUGGUUCUUUAUUAAACAUGUCUACUGGUGAUAAAGACGUGAGGCUUAAAGUUUUGUAUUGCGGGAUCUGUCAUUCUGAUCUUCACUUUGCCAAGAACGAAUGGCGCAUGUCUACUUAUCCCAUUCUUCCCGGGCAUGAGAUCGUGGGUGUGGUGACAGAAGUAGGAAGCAAAGUAGAAAAAUUCAAAGUUGGGGACACUGUAGGGGUUGGAUGCUUGGUGGGAACAUGCGGAUCUUGUGAAUGUUGUGCCAAUGAUCUUGAAAGCUACUGUCCGAAACAGAUUCUAACUUACGGUUUCCUGUACCAUGAUGGCACACUUACAUACGGUGGCUACUCCGAUCACAUGGUGGCAGAUGAGCAUUUCGUGCUGCGUUGGCCCGAGAAUUUGCCCCUUGAUUCUGGCGCGCCAUUGUUAUGUGCCGGCAUCACAACUUACAGCCCACUCAGACACUUUGGACUAGACAAGCCUGGUAUGAAGGUGGGUGUGGUUGGUCUUGGUGGGCUUGGUCAUGUUGCGGUCAAGUUUGCCAAGGCUUUUGGGGCCGAGGUUACGGUCCUCAGUACCAGCUCGGCUAAGAAGCAAGAAGCGCUUCAAGGACUUAAAGCUGACCAUUUCAUAGUCAGCAAAGACCCUGAGCAAAUGCAGCGCGCAACAAGUUCAUUGGAUGGAAUAAUUGACACUGUCUCUGCAUCUCACCCCAUUGAACCAUUGUUGAGUGUACUCAAACAAGAUGGGAAGCUUGUUUUCCUGGGUGUACCAGAGAAGCCAGUUGAGAUAUCUGCGUAUUCUUUAAUGAUGGGGAGGAAGAUCGUUACUGGAAGCGCGACUGGAGGGCUAAAGGAGACUCAAGAAAUGCUUGAUUUUGCCGCAAAGCAUGGUGUGACUGCGGAUAUUGAGCUAAUUCCAAUAGACUAUGUGAACACAGCCAUGGACCGCGUCUUGAAAUCAGAUGUUAGAUAUAGAUUUGUCAUUGAUGUGGCAAACACCCUCAAAGCUCCAUAGGUGAACUAUUUGAUUUUGUGUUUGUUGUUUAAGAACAUGAGUCAGUGUUGGUUUGCUUUCAAUUAUUUAUUUUAUGAAUAAAAUUGAUUGUGAGUUGAGUUAGUUCCCGAUUAAUGAAUGAAAUUUGUUUAUUGCACAAA